AAGUUUGAUUUUAUAUACCGAUUUCAGAAAUUGAAAAAAAAGACUAUCUAAACUGCCAUCAACGGAACAUAAAUUGAUGAAAGAUCAUAUAAUUUGGCAAAUAACGACAGAGAAAAUUAAAUAUAUCAUAUAAACUGAUGAAUCGAUAUAUUCGAGAAUGUAUUUUUGUUCAUGGAAUUAAAAUAUUAAACCAUACUUAAGUUGUAAUAUGUUACAAAUUUUUUGUUUUUCUCUCCUUUGAAAUUGUAUUGAACGAUCAAACCGAUGAGUUUACAAAAACAAAAUUAAUGCUUGUUAAAUCUUGAAAACUAUAUUUAUUUUUUGAUUUGAUUUGAUUUUUUUUUUUUUUUUUGUAAUUUGAAACUACAAUAGAACUAUAGAGUAAUUAUUUUUUUUUGUUUUUGUCUCCUUUGAAAUUGUAUUGAACGAUCAAACCGAUGAGUUUACAAAAACAAAAUUAAUGCUUGUGAAAUCUUGAAAACUAUAUUUAUUUUGAUUUGAUUUGAUUAUUUUUUUUGUAAUUUGAAACUACAAUAGAACUAUAGAGUAAUUAAAUAUUACGUUAAAAAAAGGUUUAUUCAUUGUAUCCAGUGUUUAAAAUACAGUUAAAAAACUUAGUGAGCAACAAUUUGAUCAUUUUAUGAUCUCAAAGACUAUAUCUGAUAUACAAUCCAAAUUAAGUAAAAGAAGACCAAUUUUUAUGUUUAUUUUCCAAAGUUUUCAUCAAAAUUCUAAAAUUUUAAUAAUACCACAAUUUUAUGAUGUCAUAAAAUCGUUGAAAGGGAUCUCAAAAAUGACUUUUAAAUCUAACUGAACUAUUAAAAAUUAAGUCGCCUUCAUCCAGUGAUAAAAAGAAGAAAAGUCUCGCCACCUUUGUUCGAGUAGCAUUGACCACAAAGGUUCGAAAUUUAACAUAGUUUUCCCGGAUCCUAGGAAUGUUAUCAAAAAAAAAAAAAAAACCUUCCUAACCUACUUGUUGGUGUUAUGUAACUUUUUUCUUUUCAAAAUAGUAUUUAGUGAUUUUAUAUACUAAUUUUUAUGAAAGAGUAAUUUUAAGAAGUGACAUUGGAAAAUGAGUAUUUUUGAAAAUCUCCCUAUAUAUUUUGUCAAUCUAUUUACUUUUAUCAUAACAUUAUCUAUGCAUGAACCAAAAUUAAAAUUCAACCCUAUCGUAAUAGAUUGCCUAACUUGAGUUAUUACAUUUAUAAAUAUAUUUAUUUAAUAUAUCAUUUAAACUUAUAUUGGUUUGAAUUCAUCAAGUUUUUGAAAGUUUAAAACAAUAAUCGUUUCACCAUAAAUUUUAGAUUGACAUGAUGGCGGAUCUAGAUAGAAUGUGAACCGAAUUACUGAUCGUGUAGAUUUUAUCAAAAUUUUAAACUAUCAAAUCAGAUAAAAAUCGCAAAAAACUAAAAUUAUAUGAACCGGAUAAUUUAAAUAAAAUUGUUAACCCGGUCAAACCCGUCCGCUAAGUCAUCCCGCAACGGAUUUAAAUAUUUUGAGCUGCAAAAUGUUUUUGCAUCCGUCCCGCUUGAAUUCGUGAGAUCUGUGUGGGUUACACAUAUAUUUCAAUAAAUCAUUUUUUAAUAUAUAAAAUAUAUUUAAAGCUUAAACAUAAUUAAUAUUAAGAAAAUUAUGAGAUAAAGUUUUAAAGAAUAACACAUUUGUUUUUUUUUUCAAAAACACAAUGGCAUAUCGUUGUAUAUAGUUGUAAAUAAUAAAUAUAAGCGAGGCUAAGUAGCUAAAUGUGUCUUGAGCUCUCUAGCGACGACACAUCAGCUUUUUCAAAAGUGUGAUUUUCUAUUAAUAUAUAGGGAUUUCUUGUUUAUUUACAGCCAACUGAUUUAAAAAAUGAUAUUUUGAUUGACAUAAUAACCGGUUAUACUUUACUUUGGGUUAAAUAAAUCUCAAACUUAUUAUUAAAAUUUCUAAAAUGCUUCGAAGAGGUACCAGCUCAUAUUAGCUCAUACUAGCUCAUACUAUUUGAUUAAUUAAAUAUGCAUAUAGAUAACGGAUUUAAUUCUCUUAGGACAUCUUCCUCGAAAAACUUUUUUGAUAGAAUUACGUUUUUGGUUGAUUGUUUAAAUAUUGAUACUAGCUAGGUUACUAACUAUAGAAAGAUAAUGUUGAACAAAAAAAAAAAUCAGGAGUCACAUAGAAAUGAUGAAAAGAUUUAAGGUGUGGUCGUACAAAGAAGGAGAGCAGCCACUGGUUCACGAUGGACCAGUAAACGAUAUCUACGGAAUUGAGGGACAGUUCAUCGACGAGUUGGGAAACAUAAUGGGCGGACCAAGCGGUCGGUUUAGGGCUACCCGGCCAGAGGAAGCUCAUGCCUUCUUCUUGCCUUUCUCCGUUGCCAACAUCGUCCACUACGUCUACAAGCCUAUUGCCUCGCCUUCCGAUUUCAACCGAGCCCGCCUCCACCGGAUCUUUAACGACUAUGUAGAUAUCGUGGCUCGCAAGCACCCUUUUUGGAACCAAAGCAAUGGCGCUGACCAUUUCAUGGUCUCUUGCCACGAUUGGGCUCCCGAUGUGUCGGAUAGUAAACCAGAGUUUUUCAAGGACUUCAUCAGAGGACUAUGCAACGCCAACACAACGGAAGGUUUCAGACCAAGCAUUGAUUUCUCUAUACCGGAGAUUAACAUUCCUAAAGGGAAGCUAAAGCCACCGUACAUGGGCCAAAACCCUGAGAACAGGACGAUCUUAGCUUUCUUCGCAGGACGAGCUCACGGAUACAUUAGGGAAGUAUUGUUCACUCACUGGAAAGGUAAGGAUGAAGACGUUCAAGUGUAUGACGGCCUCACAAAAGGACAAAACUAUCAUGAAUUGAUUGGUCAUAGCAAGUUUUGUCUUUGUCCUAGUGGCUACGAGGUUGCUAGCCCUAGAGAGGUCGAAGCCAUUUAUUCAGGGUGCGUCCCAGUCGUUAUAUCUGACAACUACUCGCUUCCCUUCAGUGACGUGCUUGAUUGGAGCAAGUUCUCGGUAGAUAUUCCGGUCAAUAAAAUCCCUGACAUUAAGAAGAUUUUGCAAGAGAUUCCACAUGAUAAGUAUAUAAGGAUGUAUCAAAAUGUUAUGAAAGUUAGGAGGCAUUUUGUGGUGAAUCGCCCGGCUCAACCGUUUGAUGUGAUCCACAUGAUACUUCACUCCGUUUGGUUAAGGAGGCUUAACAUUAAGUUGUCUUCUUGAUACUACAUUUAAUGCUUUAGGCUACAAGAAAAAAAUAGUCGCCACAUUACACAAUACCUUUUGUUCUUAGGUUUCUUUUACGAGUUGUUUUAAAAAACCUCCUUGUACCAAAACGGUUGUCUGGAGUUUAAUUACUCGUAUACGUUGUAAAAAUAUUGUUAGAAACAAGGAUUUCGGUUUUGGAAUUAAAAGAUAGGUUUCAUCGA